UAAAGGAAAGAAGAAAGAGAGAGAGGGGAGAGGAAGUCAGCUUGAAGAUAAACCACACACUGUCAAGAACUGAUGAAGGCGGUCUCACGGUGCACAGCCUGAAUCAAGCCUCAGAAAUGAUGAGAAUGUGUGAAAGAGGGAGAUUUUAGUGCAGCACGAGAUGUUUGCUGUAGAAGAAUAAUGUGGGAACCCCCUGUUUUGAGAAGCUUCACUGAUUUGGACCUGCACAAUCUACAGAAGUGAGACCACCCACUGACUUUAUUCCCCCCUUAUGUAAAAAGGGGAACAGGUGCUGUAGUUUGAAUGGGGAGAGUGAGUCGACGCUACAAAGAGGAAGCGACACAUUUUAUCCUUUUCGACACUGGUUUUUGUUGAACAAAUAAUGAUGUGCUUAGUGGAGCGUCUCCUAUUUGAGCUGGCUGCUACUGGAUGAAGACAGGAAGCAUCAUGAGGCCCAACUCCUGCUGGACUCUCCUGGAUUUCUGUGUUUUAGCACGGCUGUUCCUCUCCUUAAAGGCUGACAGUAAAGAAUGCACACCUGGUGUGAUGGUGCGCCGGCAAACAGUUUAUACAGUGCAUCCUGGAGAAGAACUCAGGGUUGAAUGUCCAGUUGAGUUCUGCAGCAGUUCACCUCCUGCAGUCUACUGGGUUAAAAAUAAAGAAAAUCUUGACUGGUUCAACAUCACCUUUAACAGUCACAUUAAAACAGAGUGGAAAACUUUAAAACAGAAUUAUGGGGUGUCCUACCUGAUCUUUCAAAACUUUCUCAAAAGUGACUCAGGAAGAUAUCAGUGUAAAAGUGAAGGCAGUAUCAGUCAUACCAUCUUCAUUAAUACUACUGAUCAUUAUACAAAUAAUGAAACAAGUAAAGAAAAGACAAAUGACUCAACAGACACUGAACAACCUGCAGACUCCAUCAUUAUAUAUGUUUACUGUGCUGCUGGAACMGCUUCAUUCAUCAUCAUAGUGAUUGUUGUAUCUGUGGUAUCCAUGAGAGGGUGUAAAAGGAAACCAAACCCUGAGACAAAAGCUGAUAAUCAGUACAUGGAGAUCCCCAUGGCUGAACGACCCGCCACACACACCUCCAGCCUGCAGGCCUCGCCCAGAGGAAGCCCCAGCUUGAUGCCGUCUCGCAGGUCCAGUGAGCGGAAGACGCCGGGGCACCUCAACGAGCUGAUGUCAGCAAAUAAUGAGCAUCUUUACGCUCAGAGGCAACAGAGCAGACACAGAGAAAGGAACACAGCACCUUCAGAGGAUGGUAGUUCUGUUGUGUACGCUGCUCUGAACCACGAGGCGCCACCAAGGACCGCUGCUCGACUCCAGAUAAUGGAGGAGAAGACKGAGUACGCAGCCAUACGUCUGGUUUGAGACUGCAGGGAUGAAUCAUUGGAGGAAUGUUUGGAUCUGGUGCGUUUCCUCCAGGAGGAUCUUCAUCAGCAGGAAAUCUGGAAACAGAUAAUUAUUAUUGUUAAAUUGCUGUCAACAUUUUGGAAACACUUGAUCCUUUCCUCCAAAUGAAACCUCUGGAAUUUUAAGGUGAAAAGGAUGGAUUCUUAUCAGCACUUCGUGUUGUUUCUGCUCUAAUUAUUUCUGGGACAUACGUAAUCUCAUAUUUAUGAACUCAAAUCAAGUCAAAGAACUGCAGACAGUCCAGAAUAAUGAGCACAUCUGUCACCGUACAAAGAAGUGAAUURUAUGACAAUGAUUAUGACUAAUGAAGUGUCAUUGUCUCUAAAACACUUUAUUUUUCACACCCUUUUUACCUCGUGGUGCAACUUUACAAUCUUUACAAUAAA